CCCGCGCGCCCAGGUUCGAUCCACCCUCCUCAAGUGUGCCGUCAUCACCUCGGUCGCUCGCUGCUCGCAAGUCGACCUCGCCUCUCUGCUCUCCUCAAGACCCUUCACCCCGUCGAAGCGUCCACCCCCCGUCUUCACUAUGAGGAUCACACCCCUCUGCGCCGCCAUCCUCAUCGCCUCGGGCACGCUCGAGGUCCUCGCCGACUCGGCGCCGCCCCAGUGGGCCGACUGGAACCAGAGCAGCCUCAAGCGCUACCUGCAGGAGCACCACGUCCCCAACCCGGGCAACCUCAACACGGACCAGUUGCGCGAGCUCGCCAAGCGCCACUGGGACGAGACGGCCGUCAAGGCCGACGCCGCCCACGGCCAGGUCAAGCGCGGCGCCCAGGUCGUGUUCGACAACGCCCAGGCGGCGGCCUACGACACGUUCUCCGACUCGCAGCUGCGCAAGUUCCUCCUCGACAAGGGCAUCAUCUCGCCCGCGUCCAAGCGCGAGGAGCUCGUCGUCCUCGCCCGCCAGCACGGCCUCGAGGCGAGCCGCACCGCCGACUCGGCGUGGGCCCGCACGACCGACGCCGCGUCAGACGCCGCGCACGCCGUCACCGACAACGCGUCGGCCGCCUACUACGCCGCCGUCGGCGCCCCGGCCCAGGCGUACGACUACGCCGCGGGCCUCCUCGACGACGCGCGCGACUACGCCUACUCGUCGUGGACCGACAGCGACCUGCACUCGUGGGCCGUGUCCAAGAACCUCGUCGAGCCCGAGGCCAAGAAGACCCGCAACGAGCUCCUCGAGGUCAUCAAGCACCCGUACAACGAGGCCGCGAGCCACGUCUACGACACGUGGUCCGACUCGUACCUGCGCAACUGGCUCGAGAAGCACGGUGUCGUCAAGUCCAAGACGGCCAACACGCGCGACGAGUUGCUCGAUCUCGUCAGCCGCAGCUACUACGGCGCCGCCGACACGACGUACGAGUUCUGGUCCGACUCGGCCAUCCGCCGCUGGCUCGAGAGCCGCGGCCUCGUCAAGCCGACCGAGACGACCACCGCCGCCGACGCUCGCGCCCUCAUCGCCGACAACUACUACAAGUUGCGCGACCGCGGCUAUUCGGCGUGGGACGACUCGAUGCUCAAGCAUUACCUCGACACGCGCAAGAUCCCGUACGCGCCCAAGGCCGAGCGCAAGGACUUGAUCGACCUCGUCAAGGAGUACUACCACGACGCGACGUCGUACCUGUGGGAGACGUGGUCGGACGCCGAGCUUCGCGCGUGGGCCGUCAAGGAGAAGCUCGUCGGCGCGACCGACGGCUCGAGCCUGCGCCGCCACCAGCUCGAGCAGCUCGCCAAGGACAACUACGGCAAGACCAAGGACGCCAUGGCGUCGAGCUUUGACGAGCACAGCAUGCGUGGCUGGCUCAUCAAGCACGGCGUCAUCAAGAGCGACGCCCAGAAGAAGAAGGACGAGAUCGAGGCCGAGUUCCGCAAGCACUACACCAACUCGGCGAGCAAGACGACCGAGUACGUCUCGUGGAGCGACGCCCGCAUCCGCUCGUGGCUGCGCGACGCCGGCGUCGCCGUCCCGAUGCGCACCAACCGCCAGGAGCUCCUGCAGCGCAUGCACGAGAACUACGUUUCGACCCAGACCGGCGUCGGCUCGAUCUACGACCAGGUCAAGGGCUCGCUCGGCUCGGCCGCCGACCUUCUCAAGAACAUCGUCGGCGGUGCUGUCGGCGUCGCUGGCGGUGCCGCCGAGGAGGCGCGCCUCAAGGCCAAGUACGGCGAGCAGCAGGCCGAGAGCCUGUACGGCACGGCGUCGUCGGGCGCCCAGGGCUACGCCUCGCAGGCGUCCAAGGGCGCGCAGGGCUACGCCUCGCAGGCCUCGCGCAGCGCGUCGUCCGUCUCGAAGGGCGCCGACGGCUACGUCUCGCAGGCGUCGCGUAGCGCGAGCUCGCUCGCGAGCGCCGGCAGUGCGAGCGCCGCCUCGGUCGCGUCGUCCGUCUCGAGCGGCGUCCUCGAGGCGUCGGCCUCGGCGCGCAGCGUGUGGGAGGCCGGCCUCUCGAGCGCGUCGAGCGUCUACUCGCUCGCGCUCAACUCGGCGAGCUCGGCGUCGUCGGUCGCCUCGGCCGAGGCCGUCAAGGCCGCGUCGUCGGCCAGCGCCGCGCCGACCGCCAUCUACGCGAGCGCGUCGUCGGCCGGUGACCGUGCGGCGUCGUCGGCGUCGUCGGCCGCGUCGGUCGCGUCGGCGAGCCUGUACAGCGCGUCGUCGCACGCCGCUCGCAGCGCGUCGUCGUUCUCGGCCUCGGCGGCCGCGUCCCUGUCGUCGGCCUACGUCGAGGCCAGCAAGUCGGCUGCGUCGGCGUCGUCGGUCGCGAGCAAGUCGAUCUCGAGCGAGCUCCACAAGCAGGGCCUCGAGCCGUCGCAGAUCAGCAAGUCGGCCAACUCGGUCGGCGCGCAGGCGUACGCCUCGGCGACGUCGGCCAACGACCGCGCCGGUUCGUCGUACACGUCGUUCACCAACGAGGCGAGCCGCAGCGCGUCGAGCGCGAGCAGCGUCCUGAGCGCGUCGCUGUCGAGCGGCGUCAGCCAGCUGAGCAAGUCGGCGUCGUCGGCGUCGAGCCUCGCGAGCAAGAGCGUCUCGAGCCAGAUGAAGGCGGCGGGGUACGACCCGAGCGUCAUUUCGAAGAGCGCGUCGUCGGCCGGUAGCGUUGCCGACAAGUCGGCCUCGUCCCUCGCCUCGUCGGCGUCGUCGGCGUACCACGCCUACAUCACGGGCGCCGUCUCGUCGGCCUCGUCGGCGUCCAAGUCGCUCUCGUCGCAGGCCAGGUCGGUUUCGGCGUCGGCCAAGCAGGGCGCGUCGAGCAUUAGCUCGUCGGCGUACGCGAGCGCGACCAGUGCCGGCGUCGACAAGAAGCACGCCGCGUCGUCGGCGAGCUCGGUGAGCCGUUCGGCCGAGUCGGCGGCGUCGAGCGCGAGCCGGUCGCUUUCGAGCAAGCUCUCCGAGGUCAGCAAGAGCGCGUCGAGCUACGUCCACAACGAGCUCUGAGCGUGUCUACUGUCUUCGGAUGAGCGGCCUCGGAGCCGUCGUCGCCCUCACUUCCUCCUCCUCCUCCCCCUCGCCUGUGUCUCCCCUUUCCUCCUCCCCGCCUCUUCCCCUCUCACCUUUGUACAGAGCCCCGCUUUGAACAUUAGUCACCCUCGAGUGCAAUAGCAGUGCCGUCUCCUACUCCCU